AUGAGAAAUGCAGUAGAUAAGUUGGAAUAUAACAUAGUAAAAGAAAAAGAAAUAGAAGCGAAAAAUAAUGAUAUUGAAGAUAGAGUUAUGAAGCAUAUAGAGAAUGAUUAUAGAAAUAGUAAAG